GAGAGGAACACGCAGAGGAGGCAGUAGGGACACCGGGGGUAUAGUGCACUGCAUUUAUUCCCGUACCGUUAUUGACAGCUGGCUUCAGUGACAAGCAAAGACAGCCGUCGGUUUGAACGGAACACUUUCGGUCAAUAUCAACAUUUUACACUUUGGACUCUCUUCUCUCUUUCAUUUGCAUUUAUUUAUUCUACUUACACUAGGGACUGGACGUAUAGUCUCCUAAGAGGGCAAGGACGUAUUCAUUACGGGGAUGUCUCACCUCGCACCGAUGCAGUACAAGAAACGGCUUCUGUCAUUGGUGACAUCAACGCUUCUGAAUGUUUUUAUAUGUCUGGGUCAAGAUUUCGCUCCUAAAGCAUCUUCAGUCUGAGUCCCGGUGACUCACUGCAUGAGCGGAGGAGAGUCACUGCAUCCUAAUCAGAGAGAUACGGGAGAGGAGCCGCUGCCUCAUUGACAUUACAGGCGCACUUUUGGGGAGCACUUUAUUUUUCUAUACAGUCCACUUGGAGUUGUUCCGCUCGGAAAGGUUGUGCAUAAAGGAUGUAACCCGUCUUUGGUGAUGGUUUUCUUUAGACUGGAUAGUAGGCUAAAGGCGAAGAGGUUCGGAAAGGCUAUUUCUUUGAGGAAACCGGAUUGUGAUUAUGCUUUCAAUGCGCUGGGUGUUCAGCAGAAUAUAAAUUAGCUGUACAGCCUCACCGUUUGUUGUGAAAAUUCAGGAUAAAAGAAGCACUGCCACGGAGGAUAGAAAAGAGCAUUCAAAGGAAAAGCCCACAUAAUGACUUUAUACAUUUUUAAUCAUGAAUUGGCAUGUGUGCUCAGUAAUUGAAGGUUUAAAUCAUCAUAUUGCCGGGAAGAUCAACAGGUCGGAGGCGUAGAAACGCAUCGGGAACUGAGACACUCUCGCUGAAAGGGAUGCAUCUUUCUGUUUUCCUUUUCCUACUUUUAUGGGCGCAAGCCCUGACAUUGAAAAACUUGAACUACUCGAUACCUGAGGAGAAAAUUCAGGGUGUCAUUGGAAACAUUGCCAAGGAUGCGGAGCUGGAACUGGGGGAGCAGGGGAAAAAAUCCAACUUUCGGGUGUUGGAGAACUCCGCCCCACAUCUCAUAGAUGUGGAUCCUGAAAGCGGACUGUUAUACACAAAACAGCGGAUCGACAGGGAAAUACUGUGUAGACAAAACUCUAAGUGCCAGCUCUCAAUGGAAGUGUUUGCCAAUGACAAAGAGAUCUGCAUGAUUAAAGUUGAGAUUCAGGACAUAAAUGACAACGCGCCAAGCUUUCCUUCUGAACAGAUCGAUAUCGACAUUUCUGAGAACGCAGCCCCAGGUACACGUUUCCCUUUGGCUGCUGCCUACGAUCCUGACACGAAGGAAAAUGGCCUGAAAACAUAUCAGAUCACACGGGAUGAUUACAGUAUAUUUUCUUUGGACGUAAAAUCCAGGGGGGAUGGAACUAAAUUUCCUGAAUUGAUUGUUCAGAGGUCCUUAGAUCGAGAGGAGCGCAGCCAUCACACUUUAAUUAUAACUGCCACGGACGGAGGGGAAUAUCCUAAAUCAGGCACGAUGCAAAUCAAUGUGAAAGUCACAGAUUCUAAUGAUAAUAGCCCUGUGUUUGAUCAACCCUCAUAUGUAGUGGAGAUCCCUGAGAAUUCACCUCUAGGCAUGGUAUUGAUAGAUUUAAAUGCCACAGAUCCCGAUGAGGGGAUUAAUGGCCAGGUUACUUAUUCCUUUAGCUGUUAUGUCCCAGACAGGAUCAAAGAGUUGUUUACUAUAGACCAGCGAACGGGUGUCAUAAAGAUUCAGGGUAAAAUCGACUAUGAGGAGAACCCAAUUGUAGAAAUUGAUGUUCAGGCAAAAGAUCAAGGCCCCAAUCCAAUUCCUGGCCAUUGUAAAGUCACCGUUAAAGUGCUCGACAGGAACGACAACUGGCCCUCGAUAGGUUUCGUGGCGGUGCGUCAGGGGGCGGUUAGCGAAGCGGCAACCCCAGGGACAGUGAUCGCUCUUGUGAGAGUCACAGACAAGGACUCGGGCCGCAAUGGCCAGCUCCAGUGUAGAAUCUUGGGCAAUGUCCCUUUUAAGUUGGAGGAGAACUAUGAUAACUUCUACACAGUGGUGACCGACAGACCUCUAGAUAGAGAAGUAAAAGAUGAGUAUAACAUCACCAUUGUGGCCAAAGACAAUGGAAACCCACCCCUGAAUUCAACAAAGUCUUUUACUGUUAAGAUCUUAGAUGAAAAUGAUAAUGCGCCUCGCUUCACAAAAAUGGUCUAUCUGCUUCAGGUGCCUGAAAACAACAUCCCGGGAGAGUACCUGGGCUCGGUUCUGGCUCAUGACCCAGAUUUGGGCCAAAAUGGAACUGUGUCCUAUUCCCUCCUUCCCUCUAAUGUGAGCGAGGAAUCUAUCACCACAUAUGUUAACAUCAAACCUACUGAUGGUGCAAUUUAUGCUCUGAGGAGUUUCAACUAUGAACAAACAAAGUAUUUUGACUUUAAAGUCCAGGCGAAAGAUUCAGGUAAUCCUCAUCUGGAGAGCAACACCACCGUCCGUGUGAGCGUGCUGGAUGUUAAUGACAACAUUCCCGUCAUUGUUCUCCCAUUACUUCAGAACGAUACUGCUGAGAUCCACGUACCACGAAAUGUGGGGGUCGGUCACAUUAUCACCACGGUGAGAGCGGUGGAUAAUGACUUCGGCGAGAGUGGCCGGCUCACCUACGAGAUCUCGGACGGGAACGAGGAACACCUGUUUGAGAUCGAUUCAGUGACGGGUGAGGUACGAACAGCUCAGCCAUUGUGGGAAGAGGUGUCACCUGUUGUAGAACUCAUCAUCAAAGUGACCGACCACGGCAAGCCGACUCUGUCCGCCAUGGCGAAGCUUAUCGUCAAAGCCUACUCCGGACCCCUACCGGAGGGAGAACCACGCAUCAAUGCUGAACAUCACAACUGGGACAUGUCACUCCCAUUAAUAGUCACCCUCAGUAUCAUCUCCAUCAUGCUCUUGGCGGCCAUGAUCACCAUAGCGGUCAAGUGCAAACGGGAGAACAAGGAGAUCCGCACGUACAACUGCCGCAUUGCUGAGUACACCCACCCGCAAUUGGGCAAAGGCAAGAAAAAGAAAAUCAACAAGAACGACAUCAUGCUGGUGCAAAGCGAAGUGGAGGAGCGAGAUACCAUGAACGUCAUGAACGUGGUAAGCAGCCCAUCGCUGGCCACCUCGCCCAUGUACUUUGACUACCAAACACGUCUGCCCCUAAGCUCUCCGAGGUCAGAGGUCAUGUAUAUCAAACCCAACGCCAACAACCUCAGCGUUCCUCAAGGGCACGUUGGCUGCCACACCAGCUUCACAGGACCCGUUACAAAUACCACGGAGACACCAGUAAACAGGAUGUCGAUAAUUCAGACAGACAAUUUUCCAGCUGAGUCCAAUUACAUGGGUAACAGGCAGCAGUUUGUUCAAAGCAGCUCCACGUUCAAAGAUCCGGAGCGUGCCAGUCUCAGAGACAGCGGGCAUGGAGACAGCGACCAAGCGGACAGUGAUCAGGACACUAAUAAAGGCUCCUGCUGUGACAUGUCGGCUAAGGAAGCGCUGAAGAUGAAGGCCAGUGGCCUGAAGCCGCAACCGCUUGAGCAGGAAGAGGAUUGUGUGAAUUGCACAGAAGAAUGUCGAGUGCUGGGUCACUCGGACCGUUGCUGGAUGCCCCAGUUUCCUGCAGCCGGGGCUGGAGGAGCAGGAACCCCCCAGGCCGAGGGCUCGGACUACCGCACCAACCUCUUCGUCCCGGCCGGCAUGGAAGCGGUGGCCGUUGAGACCGAGCCCUACGAGAUGGUGUGCAAUCCCAACGGCAAAAAAACAUUCUGCACGUUCGGCAAGGAACGUCGAGACCACACCAUCCUGGUGGCGAAUGUUAAACCCUACCUAAAGACCAAACGUGCCCUCAGCCCUUUGUUGCAAGAGGUCCCCUCGGCCUCGUGUAGUCCCUCCAAGGGCUGUAAUACAGGUUCCCCCUGUUCAGCCAAAGGUAUGGGCGACGGAGCGGAAGGCAAGCCCAGCACCAGCCACUACGGACCUCCAGAUGGACAGUACAUCUCCCCCAACAAGCAGAACAAAGAGCAGGGCUACUCAACUCUGCCUCCGUCCGACCCGGUGGCCAAAGUCUUGGCUGAGGCACGCUCGCGGAUCAGCCAGGAGACGGCGGUGGAAAUGGACUGUGUCUUGGAGCAGGGAGGAGGAGAGCUGGGUCGUGGCACCAUGGAUGCGGACCAGGUGGUCAGAGACAUCGACAAACUGCUGCAGGAUUGUCGGGGAAGUGAGAACACCCCUAUCAGAAAGUGAGACGGUUCCUGCCGCGCUUUGGACGACAGGCAGGAUUCCUCCAAAUAUAGGCCGAGUCGAGACGCUCUCUAAGAGAGUGCCAUAGCAACGAGACAAUUGAAAAGGACAAAAAAUGAGAACUUGAAGAUUUCGACAAAUACACAUAAGGGAAAGGAGCAAAAAACAGUUUGCUUUUGUUUAUGUGGACGCGUUGUGUUGUGUUUUGGGGCAAGGGAGUUCUUUUGGAGUUGCAGAAGUUGCUGCUUCUGGCUUCUAGCAAGCUUUUGUUCUUCAAGUGCCCACCAGCUUAAAAAAAACGUAUUCUUAUAGUGACAUCUUUCUGUUAGCGCAGAUGGAGCGUACCACCCCUUUCGGCUAUAGGACUUUAGGAGGGGUGGGCGAAAACGGCUUGUUCUGACAAUCGCAGUUGAAAGGGUGGGGUGUAUCAAACACCCCGAAGCGAUCGGACCACACCAAGACAGAGACGUUCUCUUUCACUUUUAACGGCUUUGUAAUAUCAGCAUAAGAAGUGCUAAUGAUAUCAGCAAACUCUGAGGGAUGUGUGGGGCAAUGAUUCCUUUGGGGCGGGGUGGGCAGGGUUGAUUAUGAAAUGUAACCAUUCUUCACCUGUCAUUUCUAGUCACAUGUGUAAACUGUGUCCUCCCCAUGUAUACGUACGUAUGGAACAUUCCAGAACGGUGAACCUGUUGCUCUCACUUAUUGGUCCUCUGUGUAAUUGCAUCUGUCUUCUGCUUUUCACUCCUUUUAAAGUGACUCUUCUCGUGUCCGAGAAGAAAGUUAUAAGUUAUAACAGUCACCCUCUUGUAUAUUAGGGACAUUUUUCCUCAACUGUGAAAAGAUAUAUCUAUAUAUGCAUAUAGAUAAAUAUAUAUAAAUAUAUGGACUUAUGUAUAGUGUUCAGAUAACAAUGGAAAUAUUUAUACAUUUUGUAAAAAAGUGGGAAAAAGCAAUCUCUGGAAAAAAAAACGAGGUUGUGCACAGGAUGAAAAUGCAGUUGAUGAAGUUAUUUAUUAAACUGCAAAGGACGCUGUUUCGAUGAACAAAAAAACAGAACAUAACAGAAAAGAUUUAAAAAAGGAAAUGUCCCUUCACAUUGUCACUUAUACACAAUCAUUUAACGUGCAAAAUGUAUCCGAUUUAAUGUGUUUACAUCAAAGCAACAUAUUUUUAUUGAUUUUUCUGCAGUUUCUGUGCAUUUGAGCCAAAUUGUUACGUGUACAAGAGCUAUAUUGUGUAUUUUAUUAAAUUAAUAUAUGGUUGUGUUGUAAUAUACAUGGGCUUAUAUUGUACUUGGCAGCUGAUACCUUAGUAGUCGUCAAACUUCAUGAGUUUAUUUUCCAUUCGGUUCUCUCUCUUUCACUUGUUGCUUGAAAGAUCAACUCGCUGCUGUGCGUUUGGACAGGCUAUGUUUUUUUUAAAUCGGUGUUGGAAAAACUGCUUAAAUGUUCACUAUUUGCUGAGCGAAUUUGUCUUUUGUCUAAAAACAACUCAUACAACAGCCAGACGCAACUACAGUUUGCAUACUUUUUGUACAAUACAGAAACUGGGGAAGCUACAUUUCAACAUUUUCUCUGUUUUUAUUUGUUCCUAAACAUUUCUUGCGU